UCCGCCGACUUCCGCGCGCAGGGCCCCUCCCGGCAGCCCGCCGCCGGCCGUGCGCGCUGAGCUCAGACGCCGAGCUGUCACCGCCGGGGCGGAGCGCGAGCCAGCGAGCGAGCGAGCGGAGGCAGGAAGGGGCCGAGCCGCAGCCGGCGCUGGGCGCGGGGGAAUGGCGGCCGGUGGCGGAGCGGGAGCCGCGGGCGCUUCGGCAGGCUGGUUCGCACGCCUCCCCUGCGCUGCCCGGAGGCUGCCCGGGCGAGCCCUCUGAGCACACCGCCCGCCCCGAAGAUGAAUAAGGCGGCCACGGAGGUCUCCGAGAAUAGCCACCACCUGAAGGUUUUCCUGCCGAAGAAGCUGGUGGACUGCGUGCCCAAGUGCCCGGCUCUGCCCAAGGAGCGCCUGCGCUGGAACACCAACGAGGAGAUUGCUUCUUACCUGAUCACUUUUGAGAAACAUGAGGAAUGGCUCUCGGGGUCCCCCAAGACCAGACCCCAGAACGGCUCCCUCAUCCUCUACAACCGCAAGAAGGUGAAGUACCGGAAGGACGGCUAUUGCUGGAAGAAGCGCAAGGACGGCAAGACGACGCGCGAGGACCACAUGAAGCUGAAGGUCAAGGGGGUGGAGUGUCUCUACGGCUGCUACGUCCACUCGUCCAUCGUCCCGACGUUCCACCGGCGCUGCUAUUGGCUGCUCCAGAACCCAGAUAUCGUCCUGGUCCACUACCUGAACGUCCCGGCAAUUGAGGACUGUGGGAAGAUCUGCAGCCCCAUCCUGUGUUCCAUCAACAGUGACCGCAAGGAGUGGCUGAAGUGGUCCAAGGAAGAGCUGGUUGGACAGUUGAAACCCAUGUUUCACGGGAUCAGGUGGACGUGCACCAACGGCAGCAGCACCACCGACUUCUCCAUCGAGCAGCUGGUGCAGCAGAUCUUGGAGAGCCACCAGUCCAAGCCGCCCCCACGGACCCACGCCUGCCUCUGCAGCAGCAGCAGCAGCCUUGGGAGUCCUGGCCACGUUCCCCACAAAUGCAACAGCAUUAAGCACCGGAUCAUCUCCCCGAAGGUGGAGGUCCGCCCUUGCCCCUACCCGGCACUGACAGAGGUGCAGAACAUCUCUGGCAGCCCUGAGGCCAGAGCCGAGGUGGAGCCGGCCAAGGGGCCUGCCCUGGACAGCAAGGGUGGGAAGCUGGUCAAGGCCAGCUCCCCCGCCAUGGCCGAAGCCGUCCCCGACUCCGCGCAGCUGUCCCCCGCUCUGGCCCGGCCCAGCAGCUUCCCCAGACAGGAGCGGCCCGCGGGCACGCUGUCUGUCGGCCUGCCGGGCGGUGCGAUCCUCCUCGUGGCUGGCCCGAGUGGGGCCGAGAAGCCGCUGGCCCUGACCCCCAGCCAGCACCUCGUGUCAGGGGACGGGGGGGCAGCCCCUGCAGCCCCCCUCGGCUUGGCCGUCUUGCCCGGACUGGUCCUCUCACAGAGCCUGGAGUCUGCCAUGGAGACCAGUGAGGCAGGCAUGGACGCCUUUGACCCGGACCGUUUCCUGAACAGCCCCAAACAAGGACAGACAUACGGAGGCGGCCCGGGGCUUCGAGCUGAGCCGGAGCCCACGGAGAGCAACCCGGCCCCAGCCUACUCGGUGUAUGUGUCCACGAAUCGCUUCUUCAUCCAGGAUGACGGGGCUAGGCAGGGGCCCACACCCCUCUCGGCCGCCUCCGCAGCAGCGGUGGCAGAGGCAUCGGAAGCCAAGAGCAGUGCAGAGGCGCCCAUGGAGAUGGCGGGCGAGGGGGGCUCCCAGGCCGAGGGGGGGCCUGGGGGAGGGGGGGGCAGAGGGGGGCCAGAGAUUUCGCCCAAGGAGCUGCAGGAGCAGCUGUUCUCAGUCAUCCAGAGAGUGGCGGCGUCUGCAGCAGCGGGUGGCCCUUUCGGUCUAUCCUUCGACAGCCGUUUCCCCGACCUCAUUAGCGAGCUGAUGACCGAGGGAGCUGGGGCAGGUGGCACCCACAGCCCAGAAGGCCCCAGUCCGGGGUCAGGGAGCCCUGAGCCGGUGCUCCCAGAACCCCUGGCAGAGCCCAGCUACGCGGCGGAAGGUGUCUUGGGCGGCUCUGCCCAGCCUCUGGUCUCCAUCACCGACUUCUCACCUGAGUGGUCCUACCCAGAGGGGGGCGUCAAGGUGCUCAUAACCGGCCCCUGGAUGGACGAGUCAGAGUCCUACAGCUGCCUCUUUGAUCAGAUCUCUGUCCCUGCGUCACUCAUCCAGUCCGGGGUGCUGCGCUGCUACUGCCCAGCCCACGAGGCAGGUCUGGUGCCGCUGCAGGUGGCUCAGGAUUCCUGCUUGGUGUCCCCGUCGGUUCUCUUUGAGUACCGGGCUCGGAACUUCUUGGCGCUGCCCAGCACCCAGCUGGACUGGCUCUCCCUGGAUGAUAACCAGUUUAGGAUGUCCAUUCUGGAGCGCCUGGAACAGAUGGAGAAGCGCAUGGCGGAGAUGGCAGCCUCUGCUGCCAACGCCCCCGAGGCCCAGCCACAAGGGGAGAAGCCCCCCAGCCAGGCCGCCUCAGACGCCUUUGAAGACCGCAUCGUGGCCCUGUGUGAGAAGAUGAUGCUCUCGCAGUCGUGGCUUCGCUCGGAGACGCUCGUGCACCACGCCAGCUUCCGGGGAAUGACCCUUCUGCACCUGGCGGCUGCACAGGGCUACCCCCGCCUCAUCCAGACCCUUAUCAGGUGGCGGAAUCUCAAUGCCCAGAACCUGGACUUGGAGCAAGAGGUGGACCCCCUCAACGUUGAUCAUUUCUCCUGCACCCCCUUGAUGUGGGCCUGCGCCCUUGGCCACUUGGAAGCAGCCCAGCUGCUCUACCGGUGGAACAGCCGAGCCCUCGCCAUCCCCGACUCUUUGGGCCGCCUCCCGCUUACUGUGGCUCGUUCACGGGGCCACGUCAAGCUGGCCACGUGCCUGGAGGAACUGCAGCAUCAGGAAGAGUCCCUCCCCGAACCUCUGGAGCCCACGGCAGAUGCACCCGGCACUGCUGGCAAGUCCUGUGGUGGCCUUGGUCACCCCACGGAAGUGCUGCAUGUGCCGUCUCCGCUCUCAGCCAGCCCGGACACAGGGCUCAGCACCGCGAGCGGGGUCUCCUCCCCCUCCGAGGGCUCCCUCUCCGUCACCUCGGCCUAUUCCAGCGGGUCAGCCCUGCGGGAGUCGCCAGCCUACAGCCCUGAAGGCGAGGGUGCCAUGGACGUCUGCCAGGGCCCGGCCCCCGGGAGCACUGAGGACUGGUACUUGCAGGAAGCUGCCAGCCCGCCUGGCCUCCCUCCAGCCUCCUUCUUCAUGAGCUACGGCGAGGGGGGGACCGCGGGCCCCCUGGGAAGCCCCGAAGCCGAGCUGGAGCCGGCGUUGCUGGCCUACGGGGAGAACACCGAGAAUGAGGAGCAGCUGCCAGCGACGGAUGUCCUGCAGGUGGAUGUGAUCACCCUGGCCAAGCAGAUCAUCGAGGCCACGCCAGAGCGCAUCAAGCAGGAGGACUUUGGCCCCGCCGAGGCUCCCCUCCGCGAGCGAUCCGGGAACGUGGGCCUGAACGAGACCAUGUCCUGGCUGGCCAGCUACCUGGAGAGCGUGGACCAGCUGCCGAGCCUCCCCCAACGACGAGCCUUGGCCGCCUCUCCCCCUGGACACUCCUGCCUCAGCCCCCUGCACUCCCCACUGGGAGACCUGUCCUUCGAGCGCCUCCCUCCGCCCCCCACCACAGCCAGCUGGGCCGAGUUCCUCAACGCCUCCGGCAAUGGCAAGAUGGAGAACGACUUUGCCUUGCUGACCCUCUCGGACCACGAGCAACGGGAGCUGUACGAAGCUGCCAAAAUCAUCCAGACGGCCUUCCGCAAGUACAAGGGCCGCCGGCUGAAGGAGCAGCAAGAACUGGCAGCGGCUGUCAUACAGCGAUGCUACCGGAAGUACAAGCAGUACGCCCUCUACAAGAAGAUGACGCAGGCGGCCAUCUUGAUCCAGAGCAAGUUCCGCAGCUACUGUGAGCAGAAGAAGUUCCAGCAGAGCCGGCGGGCCGCGGUGCUGAUCCAGCAGUACUACCGCAGCCACAAGGAGUACGAGAAGCUGAAGCAGGGCCACCGCGCCUCGGCCGCCAUGCAGCAGAGGAUCAGAGGGACCUUCCUGACCAAGAAGCAGGAUCAGGCCGCUCGUAAAAUCAUGCGCUUCUUGCGACGUUGUCGGCACAGGAUGAAAGAAUUGAAGCAGAGGCAGGAGAUGGAGGCGCCCCCACAGAAGCGCAGUGUGGCCACUUAGCCAGAAGAGGAGCCACACAGGAAGAGGCGGAGGAGAGUCUUAACCCCAGCCGAGCCCCCAAAGGACAGGGAGGCUGGGGGAUGGCCAUGGGUCCCCCCCCCAACCCCAGAAAGGACUGUGCAAUAGAGCCACCUGGGGAAAAGCCUGCCCCCUCCUGCCCUGGGUGAGCACAGAGGCUCUCCUGGCUGGAACCCCAGACCUCGGGCCCUCGGCUGCAUCACUGGAGCCCCCCAGUAAGCUUGCCUUCAGUCUCUGCCACGCGUGGGCCUUUCCAGGGGUCAGAGGGGGCUGCUGGGGGACAAGGGACCCUGGGAUCUGUAAGGAGGGAGGGAGGGAGGGAGGGGCUCCUGGGGGCCCCACUGCCUUCAUGCCAGCCUUUUGGAGGACCUGCAGCAGCCCACACUCACGGGGGCCGCGUGGAAGAAGGCCUCCUGCUCCUGCAAUGCACUUUUGACCCCCCCCAUCUGUUUCCUUCUCCCACCUUCCUUUCAGUGGCUGCACAGGCUGCUAGGCUGGGAUUUGAGGAUCCCUCCCCUCCAGCUGCCUUCCUGCCCCCUUCCCCGUGCCUCCUGUACAUACUUGUAUGAUAUGGGCAAAAAGAAGGCAAGGUGGGCAUCUAUUUAAUGUGAAGGCAUCUUCCCCCUCGUGUGGGCGGGGGUGGCAGCAGGGGCCUAGGAGAAAGACGCAUGGAUUUUAAUUUUGGAGCCCCCACCCCUCCGGCAUCUCGUUUGUGUAUUUCAGCCCAGCCUCUGGAUGUCACUCCCCUCCAUCUGUCACAUGCCUACAGUUUUGCAUGACUUUGGUUGGUUUGUACAAAUUUACAUUAAACUGCAAGAAAAUCACAGUGUAAA